AUAUUAGACAUGAUGAACCCUUCUAUGAUGAAUCAUGGUUGGAACGGUCCCAUGAACAGAUAUCCUUUAGUGGACCCCUUACAACUCGAUUAUCAAGUUUCCUUUAAACAAUUUGCCGAGUACAUGAAAAGAACUUCUAAUAACCAGCGUAUUGACGACGAAGAAUUACAGAAAAGAUUUGCCGUUUAUAGAGAAAAGUUCGCUGCUCGUCAGUUGACUACCUUCUUCAACGCCAACAAAGAGAAAGAAUGGUUUCAAGAAAAAUACCAUCCAACUCUGUCCAUUCCUCGACAGGAGGACGUGAAGAUGCUAAGACGCCGCUAUCUGCAAGAAUUUUUAGUUGAACUAGAAAAAGGAGAGUUUGACAAUGUUAAUUUUGAUAAAAAAGAUGAAGCAGACACGGAUGAUAACAAAAUGAAUGUCGAUUCAGCAGCAGAGGAUGCUAAUGCUGAAUAUGAAUCAAGAUUAGUUAUCAAAACUGUACCACCUACUAUUGCCAGAAAGAAAAUUAAAGAGAUGUGUUGCAAAGUAGAGGGUUUUGAUUAUUUGGCUCUUUCUGAACCAAGCCCUAAUAAAAAAUUCCAUCGUGUGGGUUGGAUUCAAUUCAAAGAAGGAACUGAUAUGAAAAAGGUAUUUGAGCAACUUGAUGGACAGAAGGUAGAUGAUUUCAUCUUCCAUCUGGCUAUGAAUCGUAAAGAUAGUAAUAAUGCUAUGCAACAAAAUCGCACACAUCGUACAACACCGGAUGUUGCCGAUACAACAGAGAGAUUACAGAAAGAUCUCGAACAAGCCAAAGAGAUCUGUAUUGCGUUCGAAACCAUGCUUGGUGAAGAUACGCCUGAAGGAUUGAAAGCAGUUGAGUCGCGUAUUGAAAAAAUGUCAGGAAAUGGUGCGAUGGCAGACAAUGAACCUGCUUCAGAUAUCGUCAAUGACGAUAAAAACUCAGAAGAAAGACGUAAAUUAAAGAAGUCUUUGGAUUUGAUCAUUGCUUAUUUGAGAAGAGUACAUAUGUAUUGCUACUAUUGUGCACUUGAGUGUGAUUCACUCGACGAUUUAAAUAGAAGAUGUUGUAAUCCUCAUUACCGUACUGUGUUAAGUAGUCCUGCUGCUAACAGUACCGCUGCUAACAACGAAGAAACAACAGAUCCCAAGCAAGCAGCUAAGACUGAAAGACAAACUCAGCAGUGGUUAAAGAAUUUGGAUCAAAGAAUUUCACUCAAAAUCCAUACACCUGAUGACCAUGAACUUUCAAGAUUAGGAGGAAGAGUUUUACAAACUGAGCUUGACGAAUUUGUUAAGAAACACGUAUUGAAAGAGCAUGAGUCCAAAUAUAAGUGUCAAGUAGGCGAGUGCUCUAAGGCUUUCAAGGGCUAUGAUUAUGUUGAGAAGCAUAUUCUCUCUAAGCACCCUGAAGAAACCGAUAAGAUUAAACAAGAAGUAGACUACUAUAAUAAUUAUGUUUGUGAUCCCAACCAUAUUGUUCCACCUAGUAAUAACAAUAAUGCAAAUGGACCUGGCGGUGCUGCUAACGGCAAUCCUGCUGCUGCCGCUGCUAUGAUGGGAAUGGGUAUGCCAUUUGGGCAACCUUUCAUGAUGCAUCCUCGUAUGGGUAUGCCUCCUGCUUGGGACCAAAUUCCACGUAUUGGUUUUGGUUCUGGCGGUCCUGCUGGUAGUGCUAUGAUGGACCUUGAUGGCCCUAUGCCUAGAGAUCCCCGUCAAGUAAAAUCGUACGUUGACUUAGAUGCUCCUGCCGAAGGUGACUCUAACAUUUCAUUCUUUUGA